AUGGGCGGGCGCGAUGGGCAGUGCUUCGACAGCAGCGACGACCUCAGCAAGAAGCUCGCCGACUUUGUCAUCAAGGCCCAGAACGAUGCCAUCGAGAGGCGAAACAAGUUCACCCUCGCCACGUCGGGCGGCUCGCUGCCAAAGAUGCUCGCAAAAUACCUCGUCGGCCGCACCGACAAUGCGCUCCGAUGGGACAAGUGGGAAAUCUUCUUUGCCGACGAGCGCCUCGUCCCGCUGGACCACGAGGACUCCAACUACCAGCUGUGCCACCAGGAGUUCUUCAGCAAGGUGCCGGAGCUGAAGCGAUCGCAGAUCCACACGAUUGACGAGUCGCUCCUCGACGAUGCCGAGGAGCUGUCGGACGCCUACGAAAAGCAGCUGGUGCAGGCCUUUGCGGGCAAGGAGGCGGUGCGCAACCCCGUCUUUGACCUCAUCCUCCUCGGCAUGGGCCCCGACGGACACACGUGCUCCCUCUUCCCCGGCCACGAGCUCCUGACCGAGCAGGACCGGUGGGUGGCGCCCAUCGAGGACUCGCCCAAGCCCCCACCACGCCGCAUCACCUUUACCUACCCCGUCCUCAACCACGCCCACCGCGUCGCCUUCGUCCUCGCCGGCGAGGGCAAGCAGGAGAUGCUCAGCAAGUGCCUCGACCAGCCCGAACUCGGCCUGCCCGCCAGCAGAGUCAGACCAAGCCCGCCCGGCGACAUCUACUACUUCACCGACCACGCCGCCAGCAAGACGACCCAGUACGCCAAGUCCGAGUUCAAGCUCUGA